CCUGCCUUUGACAGCAGGGAUGGGCUGGAGGUGUUGAGUUCUGAACCGAGAGGCUAGGAAGUCUGAGAAGGUGGAGGUGAUGGGAGUGGCCUGGUCUGGGAGUCCAGCAGUGAGGGUUUAUUCUGCUGAUUCCUCCUUUGGAUGCUUAAAAAAAAAAGUCUUGGCAUCUUUGAGCCUCAGUUUCCCUGUCUAUAAUAUGAGGUAGUUGGAGUCCAAGAGGCCACAGGCCCAAACUGGCCCACUAAGUAUUUGCGUCUUUGGAUUUCAGCAUAUCAGGGCCCAUGGCAGAUACCCAGUACAUCCUGCCCAAUGACAUCGGUGUGUCUAGCCUGGACUGCCGUGAGGCCUUCCGCCUGCUGUCCCCCACAGAGCGCCUCUAUGCCCAUCACCUGUCUAGGGCUGCUUGGUAUGGAGGCCUGGCUGUGCUGCUCCAGACCUCCCCUGAAGCCCCCUACAUCUAUGCCCUGCUUAGCCGUCUCUUCCGCGCCCAGGACCCUGACCAGCUGCGCCAACAUGCCCUGGCUGAGGGUCUCACCGAAGAAGAGUAUCAGGCAUUCCUGGUCUAUGCUGCAGGGGUCUACGCCAACAUGGGCAACUACAAGUCCUUCGGUGACACCAAGUUUGUUCCUAACCUGCCCAAGGAAAAGCUUGAACGUGUGAUCCUGGGGAGUAAGGCUGCCCAGCAGCAGCCAGAAGUCAGGGACCUCUGGCAGACCUGUGGGGAGCUUAUGUUCUCCCUGGAGCCAAAGCUUCGACACCUCGGGCUGGGGAAUGAGGGAGUCACCACCUACUUCUCUGGGAAUUGUACCAUGGAGGAUGCUAAGCUGGCCCAGGAUUUUCUGGACUCUCAGAACCUCAGUGCAUACAACACACGGCUCUUCAAGGUGGUCGACCCGGAAGGGAAGUCCCACUAUGAGGUGCGACUGGCCUCAGUGCUCAACACAGACCCCGCUCUCGAUUCCGAAUUGACUUCCAAGCUAAAGAGCUAUGAAUUCCAGGGGAGCCAUUUCCAGGUCACCCGGGGGGACUAUGCUCCCAUCCUCCAGAAGGUGGUAGAACACUUGGAGAAAGCCAAGGCGUAUGCAGCCAACAGCCACCAGGAGCAGAUGCUGGCCCAGUACAUGGAGAGCUUCACCCAGGGCUCCAUUGAGGCCCACAAGAGGGGCUCCCGCUUCUGGAUUCAGGACAAAGGCCCCAUUGUAGAGAGUUACAUUGGCUUCAUUGAGAGCUACCGUGACCCCUUUGGCUCCCGAGGAGAGUUUGAAGGUUUCGUGGCCAUGGUGAACAAAGCCAUGAGUGCCAAGUUCGAGCGGCUGGUGGCAAGUGCUGAGCAGCUGCUGAAGGAACUGCCCUGGCCUCCGGCCUUUGAGAAGGACAAGUUCCUCACCCCUGACUUCACCUCCCUGGACGUCCUCACCUUUGCUGGCUCUGGCAUCCCUGCGGGCAUCAACAUCCCCAACUAUGAUGACCUGAGACAGACGGAAGGCUUUAAGAAUGUGUCUCUCGGCAACGUGUUGGCUGUGGCCUAUGCCACGAAGCGGGAGAAACUCACGUUCUUGGAGGAGGAGGACAAGGACCUGUAUAUCCGCUGGAAGGGGCCGUCCUUUGACGUGCAGGUGGGGCUACACGAGCUCUUGGGUCACGGCAGCGGCAAGCUCUUUGUGCAGGAUGAGAAAGGUGCAUUCAACUUUGACCAGGAUACAGUGACCAACCCAGAGACUGGGGAGCAGAUUCAGAGCUGGUACCGGAGUGGAGAGACAUGGGAUAGCAAAUUCAGCACCAUUGCCUCCAGCUACGAAGAGUGCCGGGCCGAGAGUGUGGGCCUCUACCUCUGCCUCAACCCCCAAGUGCUGGAGAUCUUUGGCUUUGAGGGAGCUGAUGCAGAAGAUGUCAUCUACGUAAACUGGCUCAACAUGGUUCGGGCUGGGCUCUUGGCUUUGGAGUUCUACACUCCAGAGGCGGCCAACUGGCGGCAGGCCCACAUGCAGGCCCGGUUUGUGAUCCUGAGGGUUUUGCUGGAGGCUGGCGAAGGACUUGUCACCGUCACGCCCACCACAGGCUCUGAUGGGCGCCCAGAUGCCCGUGUCCACCUGGACCGCAGCAAGAUCCGGUCAGUGGGCAGACCUGCCUUGGAGCGGUUCCUACGCAGACUCCAGGUGCUGAAGUCCACAGGGGAUGUGGUUGCUGGGCGGGCCCUGUAUGAGGGGUAUGCAGCAGUCACUGAUGCACCCCCAGAGUGCUUCCUCACGCUCAGGGACACGGUGCUGCUGCGCAAGGAAUCCCGGAAGCUGAUUGUCCAGCCCAACACUCACCUGGAAGGCUCAGAAGUACAGCUUGUAGAGUAUGAGGCCUCAGCUGCUGGUCUCAUCCGAUCCUUCUGUGAGCGAUUUCCAGAAGAUGGGCCUGAGUUGGAGGAGAUCCUUACCCAGCUGGCCACAGCAGAUGCCCAGUUCUGGAGGGACCAGGUCAAGGAGGCCCCAGCUGGCCAGGCUUGAGAAGAUUGUGUGAUCCCUUUCCCCUACUCCAUCAAACCAGGCCUGUCAGUGGCCCAGAGUUGUGUGUGUGAGAUUAGGAGUCGGGGGAAGGGCAGGAGCUCGGACUCUGGUGCUACCUCAGCUGAGGGUGGUGAUACUAACCCUUCCAUUUGUCAGCACUUUCUGGUUUACCAAGUACUUCCUCAGUUCCUUGAUCUGCACUGCCAUCUUUGGAAGGAGCGCCACAGGCUGCCUAGUCCAGUUUCCCACGUGGGGAAGUGGCAGUUCUGAGAAGUGACUGGUCUAAAUCCUGCAGGUGGCACGUGACAGAGCCAGGGCUCAAAGCAUUCUCACCAAAUCCAACGCUCUUCGUGUAUUACUUUUAUAACCAGAAAAAUAAAUUCCACAAACAACCAUC